AUGCGCGCACCUAUUCGUCUUGCGUGGGACAGCAGCAAGGUGAGUAACGCAGCUAGUGCUAAUCAGUUGACGCAGAAGACUGGCGCAUCUUCGUCUUCGGCAUCUGCAUCAGGGUCUUCCUCUGCUUCUAAGCGAAUAGCGGGUACAAUCACUGCUGGCGAGUCUGCGAAGUCUGCGGGCUCAAAACCGCCGCAAGUUCCGCCGCCGCCGCCACCCGAUGCACCUCCGCGAGACCGAGUCGGCAGCAGUGAAGCCCGGAAGACACAGCAGACCAUACCCGCGUCAAGGACCGGUAGC